AUGGGCAAAGAAGAUACAUCAACUAAAAAACGGCGAAAAUUAAACACUAAUUUAACAAGUGACUCUAACAAACUAGCACCCGUUGAUGUUUAUAAGCGUGUCGUGGAAUUUGAAGAAGCUGAAGCUCAAUCGCGAAGUGCUGAAAAAGAUGCCACUCUUUUUAAAAAGAUAUGCCAGGAUGUUCGACAACUAUUUGCUGAAAUAGCAGAGCUAAAGGCAAAAGGAACAGAUGAGGCUAAGGAGAAGAUACAAGCAAAAAGAAUAGAAGCUUCAUUGUUGUUAGUUGCUUUAAAAAAAUUGAACCGCUUGGAAAAAGUACGUACGAGAGCUGGAAGAGAUGCCUUACAUAAGGAAAAGCAACGAGUUGAUUCCACACACUUGCUGCUGCAGAAUUUAUUAUAUGAAGCUGACCAUCUAAAUAAGGAAGUUACAAAGUGUCUUCAGUUUAAAUCUAAAGAUGAAGAAAUAGAGCUAGUAGCUCUCGAAGAUUUCUACAAAGAGGCACCUAAAGAAAUAUCACGACCAGAAAUAACCAAAAAUGAUGAACAUCAGUUACAAUUGGCAAGGUUAGAAUGGGAGCUCCGACAACGUCGUGAAUUGGCUGGGGCAUGUAAUGAACUUGUGGCUUCUAAAGAGAGAGUUGCUGCUGCAAUAGCUGCCGCCAGAUCGAGAUUAGAUGCAUUAGCUCCACAUCUCCGUGAUGUCCUUAAAGCAACAAAACCUAUGCAAGAAUGUUUGGCUCUUCGCUUAGAUGAAAAGCAUGAUGAAACAAGAGCUGCUUCUCUUCUACCGCCACCUCUAUUUUUGUUAUAUGCUAACGCUAGUGCUUACUCGGAUGUAUUAGGAGUAUCAAAUUUAACUGUUGGAAUUUCUGGUGAUGAAGAUGAAGCAAGAAGAUUGGAACAACUCAAUACUAAUAACAUGGGAAGUGAAUUAGUUAUAUCUAAUGAUUCUGAUUCUGAUCAGGAUAACAAUGAUGAAGAUCGUAGAGAAAAGAAGAAACGGCAUCACAGAACUGUAAAAAUAUCAAAAGAAGAAAAAGCUGAGGCUAAAAAGAAACAGGUUCUUCAGCGACACCCAUUGAAUGUUCAAGUUUCUGUAAAAGUUGAUGAUGGAACAGCUUUAAACUUAAUUUUCUUUUAUUUACUAAAUCUGAAAAUUGUUGUAGUUAAGUUUAGUAUGUCACUCCCAAAACCUAUCACCGGGGUCUCAGCAGCAGAUGUUUUAAACGGAGAUUGUAUUUUAAAUGAAUUGUAUACUGGGGAUACAGGCAAUGAUUCUCCUCAUCCAGCCACUACAUAUUUAUUAAAUGCUGCUGGGAUAACUGAAAACUUUCACGAUUUCAUUCCUGAAAUUGGCAAGCCAUAUGUUUGGGCCCAAAGAAUGUGUGGUUUGGAUUUCAUGGCAGUAGUUUUAGAUGAACAUAAAGUAUAUAAAACAUUCCAGCCAUGUCAAAGUUUGAGUGUAGCCUCUGUAGAAAAUUUCAUUUUUACCUUGAAAAAACGACUGAAAGCACGAGUGGAACUAAUGAAAGAACUCCAAGAUUUAGAGUGUGGAAAAAUAUUACCAGUAAAAGAUUUACCCAUUAGGUUAUCAGGGUCACUUACUCAAUGGCAAUCAGUAGGUUGGCCAGAGUACAGUCAGUCUCCAUCUACCGCAUUUUUAAUAUCUGAGGGCUUAGCCAGUGCUGACAAUAUGUUAUACAGAGCUAUAGUAACAAGACAAUCUGCAAAAUUAGUUGCGUUAGUAGCUCUAAGUAGUGAUUACCCUAAAAAAUCUCCACUAUUCUCUCUAACGUUGCACUGGAAUGGUACACACCAUGCAGGUAUUAAUGAUGAUAUAAGAGAUAUUGAACGAAUUUUGAACACCAAUUGGGAUGAAGAAAUCUCCGGGAUGCACACUCUUUCUGCUAAAAUGACAAAGUUGUUAACAUGCAUAGAUAUUCUGCUUGAAACAACUGGAUCUAUUGAAUUCCCACCAGAUAAAGUUAUGUUCAGACCGGUACGAGGGAGAAAUAGAAUGAAACCAUAUAAAUUUAUAAAACAAGGUGCUGGUUUGUUUGUCCAGUAUUGA